UCUCUCUGCGUCUCCUUCAAGCUUUCUCAGUUUCCAGAAAGAUCUGCGAUUCUCGAUCGUCCGCCAUGAAAGGUCUCAAGCCUGCAACCGUCGCCAGCAAGAAGCCUGUUGCUGAGUCGCUGAAACCAAAGAGGACGAUGAAGAAGGAGAAAGUUGAGAAAGUGAGCAAGAAGAAGGAUGCUGAUGCUCCGAAGCGUCCAGCUGGAGCCUUCUUCAUCUUCAUGGAGGAGUUCCGCAAGAGCUUCAAACUGGAGUUUCCUGAUGUGAAAUCUGGACCGGCUGUUGGAAAAGCUGGUGGUGAGAAAUGGAAGUCACUGACUGCUACUGAAAAAGCUCCCUAUGUCGAAAAAGCAUCAAAGAGGAAGGCUGAGUAUGAAAUAGCUUUGAAGGAAUAUGAGAAUAAGAAGCAGGAUUGCAUUGUGGAGGCUGAAAAGUCUGUGGUGACUGAGAAAUCAGCUUCAGCUUGUGAGAUUCAUGAUGAUGAAGCGGGGCAGGAAGUGAGCUCUUAGGCUACUUGGGGCAGAAAGUUUGCUGAGGUGGAUAAUGAAGAUGUCAAGAGGAUGUUCUAUGUUUUAGCUUUAGCAUUUAUUCAAGCCUUUUGAGUAAUAUGUAACUUCCUUAUAUAUGUUCAUGGUAAAAGACUAGAAGUAUUGUAGUAUUUGCCCUUCAUCAGAAUUACUACAGUUUAUGUGACUUCAGAUUAUGCAAAUUGGUUUAGUGGUGUGUUUCA